CGUGGGUCCCCCACAGAGUCACUCAGGACUAUCUUACUGAGUGUAAUCUCUUUGCUUAAUGAGCCAAACACGUUCCCCCCUGCCAAUGUGGAUGCAUCAGUCAUGUUCAGGAAAUGGAGGGACAGUAAAGGCAAAGACAAGGAGUAUGCUGAAAUUAUAAGGAAACAGGUUUUGGCUACCAAGGCUGAGGCAGAGAAGGAUGGUGUGAAGGUCCCCACUACGCUGGCAGAGUACUGCAUCAAAACUAAAGUGCCUUCCAAUGACAACAGUUCAGAUUUGCUCUAUGAUGACUUGUAUGAUGAUGACAUUGAUGAUGAAGAUGAGGAGGAGGAGGAUGCUGACUGUUAUGAUGAUGAUGAUUCUGGCAAUGAGGAGUCGUGACUUGUUCCCUCUAUGCCCCUGUACUGCCCUGCCAACUCAGGACAGAAGGGAGCAGCAGUAACCUAGCAGCAGUCCAGCAAAAAAGCAUGGGGGGGAAGGAUCAAACAAACUUUGUCUCCUGCUGUCUCCUGUUGUAUGGAUUUGUUUGCUCCUUUUUUUAUGGACCUCUUAGAGACCCUCCACAGAAUGUCUGAAUUCUUGCAUUCUUAACCCUUUCAUCACUGUAUUAUGAUUUCUUUUUUAAAAAUAAACUCCCCUUUUCACUUCUCUACAAUGUGCUCACAGCGAAACAGGUUUGCUUAUCUUUAGAUUCUUGAAUUAAAUACAGUCUUGCAGUGAGAUGUUAAAUGUA